UUCGGUUUGCAUUGCAGAUGUUGCACCAUCAGCAGAGCUCAGAGGCUUGUCUCCUAUUAAAGAAGAGUCUUCAGAACCUGCACAAGAAGACUGUCCUCCUAGUCCUUUUGGAUCGAGGCAAAGUUUCCCACCAAACCCAGAGGAAAGGCCUAUUAGACCAGGACUGAGAAAAGAGCAAAAAACAUUUGAAGAUUUUGUUGAAGAACAUCUCAAAACAGACCUAGCUAUUCUCCAACACCAGCAUCAGACUAAUACACAAAUCGGGGAAGCAGAGAAGAAGAAUUUCCUUCGUAAAGGAGAAGGGGCAUCCAGAAUUUCAAAGGGUAAGGACUGCUCCCAAAGACUCCAGAGGAGACGCUCUGUUAGUCCACAAAUGCUGAACAUGAAGUUCAGUCAGCAGACGGUAUGUCUCACUGAAUUUCAUCAGAAGGAGAUGUCAAAUAGGAGCAGUCCUGGACUGAAGGGUGUAGGAAACUUCAGUGACCAAAAAUCGGGCCUGGAAAACUCUCAAAAGAAGACCGUUUUUCUACAAGAUGAUUAUUUAUCAUCAAACAACAAAGAGAAAUUCAAAGCUUUGACUGCUAAUAACAAUGCAGUCUCACUUAAAAGUAAGCACAGUGUAGGAGUCGUGGGGAAUUAUGGUAAAACCAAUGGAAGCAAGUCAAGUGGAUCUGCUCUGGCACAAAGUAGAAAAAGUGUUGGUUUUAAAAAAAUUAAUGACCACAUUGUCAAAAUCUCUGAGAAAAAUGGUCUAGCUACAAACUACAGCCAGAGUGGAUAUACAUCUAAAGAAGUCAGUCUAACUGACGAGGUGAUGGAGUCACUGGCUCUUAGCGAUUCCCACGACAGCACUACCAGUGAGGACGGACCCAGCUCUCAGUCUCAGCAGCCAUUACUUCAUUACCUCUCAAGGCACAUAGAUCACAAAGAUCAGAGUUUGGAUUUGUCAGACGGAGACUAUGCUAGUGAUGCCCCGAGUGAGACUCGAUUCAAUGAAGGACAGCGCACUUCUACUCCUACGUCCAGUUCCUCAAGCUUCAGCAGCGAUUCUGAACUCAAGAGCUUACAGGGGUCUAUGGCUAACUACUCCAAAAAAACAGAACAGAGGGGGACUGACAGUGACUUUAGACAACCUUCUGUUCCUGAACCCCUCACAAAGAUGUUUCCAAAAGACAAAGUUAAUCCAGAAGACACCACUCAUGCCAUGGCACUAGAGCAACCACGUACUCCAAUCAGGGAAGAGAUGGGAGAGCGUGGUUUUAAUGGUGAGAAUGGCUGCAGACCUUUGCUCAGGCUUAAGAAAGAACUUCAUGAACCUCAGGAGCUGAGACAGCAGAUCUCAUCUCUGAAGCAGAAGUUGAUGGUAAGGGAGUCUCACUGGUCACAGGCCCACAGUCUCCUCCAGAGCCGUGUUGAAGCACUCACCCGAGAGAACCAGGAGCUUCACAGCAGGCUCAAUGUGAACAAGAGAUCGUACCAGAGUGCUGGCUCCUCUGCUCUUCAGGCUGGAUCAUACAACACUUUUGAGAAGAGAAGAGAGGAACCACAGAGGACUCAUAUAAGGAGCGCAACUCCUGCCUUUAACAAACCCUCCAUCCAUAGGACGCAACAGGACAAUGCAAAUAGACGCUCUGUUACCAAAGCUAAUAAGCUAACAGAAUGCACAGACAACUCUUUGAGUAAGUAG